CGCCGCUUCCCCGCCCCCGCCAUGGGGCCGCCCGGGGAGCGGGACGCUGCGGACGGCGGCGGAGGACGCGCCCGUCGCCCCUGAGCGUCCGGGCGGCGCGGAGCGGGAUGAGGAAACUGAGGCCCGAAGAAGUUAUCCCACUUGGUUAAAGGCCCACAGCAGGCCAGAACCAGACCUGGGCUCAGAACCCUGGCUCCUGGCACUCGCUCUCCUGAGGACCACUUUCCUUAAGACGAGAACUCCUCUCUCCUAAAUGGAGCCGAGUAAAAAGAUGGACUCAGCCGGCACGUUGCAAACCAACCCGCCGCUGAAGCUGCAGCCUGACCGCAGCGCGGGGUCCGUGUUUGUCCCCGAGCAAGGCGGCUACAAGGAGAAGUUUGUGAAGGCCGUGGAGGACAAGUACAAGUGCGAGAAGUGCCGCCUGGUGCUGUGCAACCCGAAGCAGACCGAGUGUGGGCAUCGCUUCUGUGAGAGCUGCAUGGCUGCGCUGCUCAGCUCCUCGAGUCCCAAGUGCACAGCGUGUCAAGAAGGCAUCGUCAAAGAGAAGGUGUUUAAGGACAAUUGCUGCAGGAGAGAGAUCCUGGCCCUCCAGAUCUGCUGUCGGAACGAAGGCAGGGGAUGUUCGGAGCAGCUGACGCUCGGGCAUCUGCUGGUGCACCUGAAGAAUGACUGCCAAUUCGAGGAGCUCCCCUGCUUGCGUGCCGACUGCAGGGAAAAGGUGCUGAGGAGAGACCUGCGAGAUCACGUGGAGAAGGCCUGCAAGUACCGGGAGGCCACGUGCACCCACUGCAAGAGCCAAGUCCCGAUGAUCAAGCUGCAGAAACACGAAGACAGCGAGUGUCCCUGCGUGGUGGUGUCCUGCCCUCACAAGUGCAGUGUCCAGACUCUCCUGAGGAGCGAGUUGAGUGCACACUUGUCAGAGUGUGUCAAUGCCCCCAGCACCUGUAGUUUUAAGCGCUAUGGCUGCGUUUUUCAGGGGACGAACCAGCAGAUCAAGGCCCAUGAAGCCAGCUCGGCCGUGCAGCACGUCAACCUGUUGAAGGAGUGGAGCAACUCGCUGGAGAAGAAGGUUUCCUUGCUGCAGAAUGAAAGUGUAGAAAAAAACAAGAGCAUACAAAGUCUGCACAAUCAGAUCUGUAGCUUUGAAAUUGAAAUCGAGAGACAAAAGGAGAUGCUGCGAAAUAAUGAAUCCAAAAUCCUUCACCUGCAGGUCUGGAAGCGUGUCAUAGACAGCCAGGCGGAGAAGCUGAAGGAGCUGGACAAGGAGAUCCGUCCCUUCCGGCAGAACUGGGAGGAAGCAGACAGCAUGAAGAGCAGCGUGGAGUCGCUGCAGAACCGUGUCACAGAGCUGGAGAGCGUGGACAAGAGUGCGGGGCAGGCGGCGAGGAACACAGGCUUACUGGAAUCGCAGCUGAGCCGGCACGACCAGAUGCUGAGCGUCCAUGACAUCCGCCUGGCCGACAUGGACCUGCGCUUCCAGGUCCUGGAGACCGCCAGCUACAAUGGCGUGCUCAUCUGGAAGAUCCGCGACUACAAGCGCCGGAAGCAGGAGGCUGUCAUGGGGAAGACCCUGUCCCUCUACAGCCAGCCCUUCUACACUGGCUACUUCGGCUACAAGAUGUGCGCCAGGGUCUACCUGAAUGGGGACGGGAUGGGGAAGGGGACGCACCUGUCGCUGUUUUUUGUCAUCAUGCGCGGAGAGUAUGACGCCCUGCUGCCGUGGCCAUUUAAGCAGAAAGUGACGCUCAUGCUGAUGGAUCAGGGCUCCUCCCGGCGCCACCUGGGAGAUGCGUUCAAGCCUGACCCCAACAGCAGCAGCUUCAAGAAGCCCACUGGAGAGAUGAACAUCGCCUCCGGCUGCCCCGUCUUUGUGGCCCAAACGGUUCUGGAAAAUGGGACGUAUAUUAAAGAUGAUACAAUUUUUAUUAAAGUCAUAGUGGAUACUUCGGAUCUGCCCGACCCCUGAGAAGUCAGCGGGCAGUGGAUUCAGCAGAAGGUAGAUCCUCUCGGGGUGGAUCCGGUCUGUCUUCACUGAGGUCCUCGCGUGCAGAAAGGACCUUGUGGAGUGGAGGCGGCAGCAGGAGGCAGCUGGCGGCCGGCAGGAGGAGCCCAUGCAGAGCACCCCCGGCAUGUCCUCUCCAUAGACUAGCCGCCCUUCUCUCUGAGGAAUUAUUUAUCCUUUGACAAGAUAAAUAUUGCUGUCAGAGAAGUUUUCCAUUUUCGUUUUUAAAGAUCUAGUUAAUCAAGGUGGAAAACAUAUAUGCUAAGCAAAAGAAACAUGAUUUUUCUUCCGUAAACUUGAACACCAGAGACAGAACACACGGGGGUAGCCUGACUCGUCAGCAUGUUAAGUAAAGGGUAACUCACGAAAUAAUAAUGCAGUUCCGAUACAGUCAUUCUACAAUCCAAGAGUGCAAUCUUGUUCCAAAUAUAGUAUAUUGUCUAUUUUUAAGGGUUCAUCUGGUCUCUGUUUUACUAAUUUGUUUGUCAGAAGACCCUGAAGUACACCUAGGUCUUUUUUUGAAAGUAUCUAAAUUCAGAAAUCAUUUUUUAAUUUAAAGUUCUACAGAUAAUUGUUACUGCAAACAUUUUACUUUGAAACAUUGAUAGACUGAUAUUUCUUGGAAGAAAAUGUAAACUAUCAACACUGGUUAUCACUUGUGAUAGGAAAGAGAAUUCAACUUGUUGUUAUUUCUCGUUAGAAAUGUAAACCUUCAAUAUCUGUCGUAGUUAAUGACACUACUUCAAAAUUAUUAUGAAAGGAACAUUGCUCAUGGAUGCUGUGCAUCAUUUUCAGAUUUAUAAUUGUUUUCACCCUAAAAUAGGGCAUUAGUUGAACUUUGGAGUUCUAAACAAAAUCCUGUAGGUUUUUAAAAUUCUGCCCCAUGUCCAGACGAGCUCUUCACGGCUGACAGCAACGACCUCGGUCCCCGAGUCGCGUCCGGGAGGCUGCGGGUGUGUCUCCGUCCGUCACACGCUGCGUGCUGUUGUGGUCUCCAACAGUGACAUCUGCUUAGAGAAGGUGGCAUACGGUACUUGUGCCUUAGACGUGACAUGCUGCUUCCUGACCCUGGGUUUGCGUUUGAUGGGAUUCUAGAAAGCGCUAGCUGAACCAGACUCUCUCUGCCGCCAAAUCUGUCUCUGCGAGGCCCUCACACAGCUCCGACUCUGCGGGCGGAAGCCAGGCUCCAUCGGCAGCUUCCAGAGCCUCCAAGGCUCCCUCAUCCCAGUUUCCAAACUCCAGGCCCCAAGCCGGCUUGGCCCCCGAGGGAGGCAGGUGCAGAGCAGAAGCUACGCGUCCCCAAGCCCCACUCCCCUCCCAGUGCCCACGCAGCUCCAAGCAGAGCCCUCUGGCACUCUGGAGACCGCUGUUCGGGGCUGCCCGGCCUAACCCUUGGGGCAGCCCAUUAGCCCCUGUGUCUGCCCGCCCGCCCGCCCGCCCGAUGGCACUCAACACUGUUUACCGCCUCAAGCCCAACUGUGAUCGAAGCUGGAGCCCCGCCCCUGCGCCCCUUUUGCUAUGCAGCACGCUUCACGGUGCUCUUACUGAUGGGUGCUACACGCGACGGGUGCUUCUUAGGCAAAACCAGUGUGCGAACCACCACAUCUGUGCCCCUCGCCCAAGAGGCGUGCCCACGAUUGGCCAGCUGGGCGCGCGUCACUGCCUGCCUCUUGGCUCCCCUAGGGUCGUGUGGGGACGGCCGGGUCGGUGCCCGGGGGCCCACCUUGUCUCUGGUGCUGCCAUCUGCCCUGGGUGUGCCUUUCCCCCAGUGCCUGCUGGACGUGCCCUCUGCUCACACACCUGUCCCUGUGCUUCCACACGCCUCACACCUUGCAUGUUGCACGGCUCUGCGCUCCAUUGCUGCUCCCCUCUGCUGUCCGGGUCCUCUUGGGUCAGGCAUCCUUGGUUCUGCCCCAGGGGGGCAUCGCCGUCCCUGCUGAGAAGGAAGGACUUCGUGCGAGAGCUGUCCCCGUCAGUGUCCCCAGCCCCCUCCAGGCCUGUCCCUUAGGUUCUGCUCGAGGCCUGGAGGAGGCAUGGGCCCCAGCAGCGCCCACUUGGCCCCAGGUGUUCCAGCUGCUCCUGGCCCUGGCAGAGGCCUGCCCAGUACAGCUGGUUGAGGGUGUGCAGUUGUGGGGCGGGGUGAAAGGCCCGCUUCCCGAGAAGCCUGGAGACCCACCCAGAGCCGUCGUGUGGGUAUGGCCGUCUGGCCUCCCUACAUCCUCAGGUGGACGGGAGUGGCUGUACUGUCCCUGGGCCAGGUGGCACGGCCUCCAGGGGACUGGUGCUGGAGUAGGCUGGCGUGCUCUGCAGGACCUGUAGGGACAGUGUCCUGCCCGUGUAUCCACGCCCCCUCGGUGCUCGUGCCUGGCGGCCUGGGCGUGCUCUCCCCCUGGCCAGCACCCGGCGCCUGUCCUCGAAACACAGGGUCCCCGCUGAGGAGCACCAGGUGGCCAUAAAGUGUGUGUGCCCAGCGCACGCCUCUUACUUACAAAGUGACAACAUUCCUGGGACGUGGUUAUCCUGCGCUUUAAAGAAAACUGCUUCGUCCUCUGUGCAGCAGCCUCGGUCUGGGUAGCCGCUCCGUGUCCGUCACACUGCCACUGUGGCUGCCCUGUGCCACCAGGGCGGUGGUGCAGGCUGGAGGCCUGGCCUCUGGCUCCAGGGCUUUCAGGGGGGCACGUGAGAGUCGCUGAAAGUCAGGCCAUCUGUGCCGUCGAGGCCGGGCUGUGGUGGUAAAGCUCGCAGGCCAGGGACGCUGGGGCCCUGGGGCCCAGAGUCUGCUCAGAGGAGCUGGGUGACGCCACGGAGGCCGGUGGGAGGUGCAGCGUCACGAGACUCAGGGCCUGGCCGAGCUGGACGAGGUGUGCACUCCCACGCGGGUGGCUGGAGCUGCUGCAAGGGCCGCGUGCUGGUCCCAGAGCAGCCCUGCCGCACGGUGCCUGCCACGACCCCCGUGGCACGGUGUCACUUGGCCCACCUGCUGCUAAUGGGUGUUUCCUCGGUUGUCUUCCUGCCUCUGCCCAGUCCCAGUUUCUCCCUCGGCCGGUGACCCUGGGGACCAUGGGGGCUGUGCCCCAACCUGGUGUCCCCGCCAGCCUCGGGGAGGACAUGGGCGCCAGGCACAGCCUGUGGGGACUCCUGGGUGGGCGUGUGCCCCACAGUCAGCAUGGCCAGCCAGGGGCCUCAGCUGGUGGGUGACGCCCGCAGAGGGGGGCAGCCCCGAGAGACCAGACCCCGGUGCCAGCGCCUGGCGCGCUCGGGCUCACUGUGAGCAGGUCAGAGCACAGACUCCCCGGGGCCUAGCCAGUCCCCAGUCCCACACCUGCCCCUCUGCCCGAGGUCAUGAGCAUGCUGGGAAGGGCUCCCGGGCCUUGGAUGCUACUUUUUUUUACUUACGGUGCAGAUCUUCGCGGACCAGGCUGCAGGAGAGCAGAGCCGGGGUUCUAGGCACGCCUGUGUCGCGCGUGAGUGAGGCCGCUCACCCAGUCUGCUUCUCAGCCGGCCGCGCUUCUGUCAUCUUCUCUUUGCAAAUCUCCAUAACUAUCUUCUCCAAAGUCCACGCCCCGCGGGUCCGGGUCAGGCGAGGUUGGUGCCAGCGGGUGACCCAGUCACUGAUGGUCUCGUCCCGGCUGGUGCUGGCUGGUGGGCACCGUGGGAGCCUGGUCAGGGGGCCUGUCCAGUGGAUUUCCCUUGCCCGCUGUGCUCCGAGCACCAUCACCAGGCAGGGAGGGCAGCACAGUGUCACCCAGCUGGGUGACCCCAGUGUCCCCUGGGCGUCGUGCGCGAGCUCACCCUUCCCCGCUGCGCCUCAUCUGAGUGCGCUGCAGGCCAAGGGGAAAGUCCAGGGCUGUACGACUCCUAUAACUAGCCUGACUGGUUUUACCACUUAGUCCCCUUAGACAAGUUAGAUGACCUUCAACCGCAACUCAAUGACUUGAUUGGAAAACACAAAAGCCGGCUUAUUCCAAGGAUUUCCCUCAGAAUCCCUAGGACCUCCGUGAUCGCGGAAGCGUGCAGUGGACCGAGACGCCCUAGGCCGGUUCUAGGUGUGCACUCUCUCCCCGGUGGUCCGUACGCCUCUCGUGUUCAGUUCCAUACCCAAAACAAAGACCAAAGAAGGCCACUCUCUCAUUUGACUGUAUUUUUAAUCUGCCUGUUUUACCAAUUGCCGUCUGUAGUGACCGCUCGCUGUGCGGCCCCAGCUUGAUUCCAAGUGAUGGUGACCAGUGAUUCGCGUCCCGUGUUCCUCCGCUCUUCUAAGAAAAAAGACAGUGUGAGUUAUUGCUCAGCAAUAAUCCUGUCAUUCCUGGGGGUUAGCAACAUGUCUGAUUUCCUGAUAGCAUUAUUAUGUUUUCUAUUUCUGUUUUCUGUAUAUCGUGUGUGGUUUUAUUUGGUAUUUAUUUGUGUUUUGAGGUCUUGUGAUGUUUUUGUGUUUUUGAUGCUAAUAACUGAAGUUUGUAAGACUGUAGAAUGCGAAACUUGGAAAUGCUAAACUGUUAUUAGAGAAAAAUAAACGUGAUUAAGAGUC